CAUUCGCUGUUGGGGGAAACUUUAGUAUAGUAUCCCCCGAUUUCAGGGUUAAAAUGGGUAUGGUUGGAAAGAGGACGAUCUCCAGAUUACGAAUAUAUAUAAUAGUUGCCGCAGGAGACUUCUAGUUUUCGAGAUAUUCGCAUUCAAAGUUGAAAAUUUCACAAAUUUUAUGUGGCGAUAUUUCGAUUAUUAGUUAACUUUUAAUUUAUAAAAUGCGCUUAUUACACACUAACACUUCACUAAAUUGUUUGCACAUACUUAUUUUAUAUCAAUUGGUUUAAUAUUUGCUUUAAAUAAGCAUUUUAAUUUUUGCACAAUUUUGUUUAUAUGCACAAUAACCAGGUUGACAAAUUCAUGUGUUGCCAUAACCAAACAAAUGAAAAUAAAAAUAAUAAUAAUAAUCUUUCGCGUAUUGCUUUUUUCUGUAAUUGCGGCCUUCGGCCGCGCUUUUGGAAAAUAACCCUGGUCCACCCAAUAUCAUGGUUUUUCAAGAAACAGGAAUAAAUGUACUAUAAAUCAUGUAAUUUUUUUAUUAACUUUUAUUCGUUUGUAAAAUAUGUAGAUUUGGCAACACUUGAUAUCUGUCAACAUGGUUAUUGUGCAUAUAAACAAAAUUGUUUAAAAAUUAAAAUGCUUAUUUAAAGCAAAUAUUAAACCAAUUGAUAUAAAAUAAUUUAAAUCCACUUCAAAAUCAAAUGCAACUCUGCGUUUUUUUUCGGAAUAUUGUUCACCCUGUAAAUUUGGCUGUGUUCAUUGAUAAAAUAGCAAUCAGCUGAUUAAUUUAACCAUAUAAAUAAAAUUUGGAAAAAAGAGACGCCACCGGCAAAAUGGAAAAUGCAACUAAAAUAAUAAGAAAGCGAAAGUCGUGGGCAGAGGAUGGCGAAGUGGCGAUCUUAGAUGUAUGGGCAGAGCGUGUAUCGGACCUCAUCGGCGUAAGGAAAAAUGGACAAAUUUAUUAGGAAAUGUCUGCGGAACUCAAUAAAUUAGGGUACAAUUAUAAUGCUACCGAUAUUCAAGUGAAAGUGGCCAACUUCACACAGCGGUAUAGAAAGGAGAAAAUGGCAAUGGGGCCGUCAGGUGGGUCACCAUCAACAUGGCCGUUUUAUGGAAGAGUACACCAAAUAAUUGGUGGAUUCAAAAUAAAUUUAUUCAAUCAACUGGCAUUUGAAAGUAUCGACGAAAGCGACAAUAUAUCGGCGUUGGGUACGCCACUAGCCCCUAUAGAGCUGUCAUCACCAUCACCACUGUCAUCACCAUCACCAUUGCCAUCGCCAUCGCCAUCGCCAAAUAUCUCGGUUCCUGCAAAAAAGGAAAAGAGAUCAGAUAGCAAUAAAAAAGUUAUUGAAAAAUUCGAACAAUUAUCCGAAGAGAUAACCAAAUAUAUGAAUAAAAGUGAAGAAAAUGAACAUGACUGGAUGCGUAUUGAAAAAGAGAAGGCAAAUUAUCUCAGAGAAAUUGCAAAAGACAACAAAGAACAAAAAAAUGGGAUUCUCAAAUUUUUAAAUACAGAGAAUUAAAUUUUAUAAUUACAUAUGUUACUAAAUAGAAAAUGAAUUUAAUUUAUUAUAAAACUUAAUUUUAAUGUAAUGAAAUGAAAAAAUUAAACCUGAAUUUAAAAAAUUUUAA